AUGACUCAAACUAAUAAUAACGUUCUGUACUAUAACCCGGGCUCGGUAUUCUCCAAUGUAGGUGUUUUGCUCUUGUGUCAAAAGGGUGUUCAAGAUCAAUUUGAGCUGCGUCCAAUUCAAAUGGGUGUGGACAACAUAUCGCCAUGGUACAUCAAACUCAACCCCAAAGGACAGGUACCAACCCUUGUCCAUCAUGGCAAGCCAAUUCCAGAUACCCUUGCCAUCGCCAAUUAUCUGGAUGACCAGUUCAAACCCUCCAUCUUUGCGGCUGAUGAUGUGCAGGUAGUAGCACUUAUCGAGCGAUGGCGACAAGUCCGAGUAUUGUCAUUGCUGUCAGGCAAAAAGACAGCUUCUCAAGAUGUCAGUCAAAUGGCAGCCACAUUGGAAAACUCUCGUCGUCAGGUGGAGGAGUACGCUAAAUCCAAUCCAGAACUUGCAGAGGCUUACAAGAUACGACUGGAUGUGCACGAUGAUCGCUCCAAGAUUUUGAUUGAUCACGGCACUUACAUGACACACAAAGAAGGGUUGGACCAGCUUUUGGAUGACACUGAAAAGGCCUUGUCUGACAACCAUGGAAAGUUGCUCGCAGGCAGAGAUCAGUCAGCAGCAGAUGCCUAUGCUGUAGGCAUUUUGCACUGGCUCAAAAGCAAAUUGGAUAAAAACAUUCUCCAAUCGAGACCAUGCACCAAGAGAUAUUAUGAGGAGCAAGCAGCAAGCUCGAGCUUUAUUAAUGCAUUUAAGAAAUAA